ACCCGUCUCCAUCCUCCACUUGAGAAAGUCUUGAACUUCGUAGGUCUCGCCGGUGUUAGAGAGUAAAACGGCGUGGCCCUCAGUGUCAUGUCAAAUAAACACCAUCAUCGUCUCAUUCAUUCCAACGCGAGAAAGUCCUCCUUCCCCCGCCUGCAACUCAGUGUGGUGCUUGACUUGCGUGCGCCAUUCAGAUCAAGGUGCUGUCAGGUAUGCCGUAUCCUUCCUUCAGAGACCUUGCUUUCAUUGGUGUUUGAUGGGCGCGCGUGACCAGAAUCGCGGCAGAUGGAUGGAUUGUCGUUGGAUGUGAUGCGAGGCGCUUAUUUGCUGAUCUGGCUCUCGUCUUUCUUCUCUUGCGCUUCAGGCGUCGAACUCGCUUCUUUCUCCACUUCGCUCUCAUCUUGGCUGU